ACGGAUUCCUUCCCCUCGUCGGCAUGUUCAUGACGGACGCGGAACGUGCGGCCCGGAUCCGGGCCGCUGUCGAGCGGUGCUCCGCGGUCAAGGAUGAGGAUUUCUCAGGCAUGACCGAGUCUCAGCGAGCGGCGGAGGCGGAGAGGCUGAGGCAGAAAGCUCUGGAGGAGGCGCGCCGUCUUCAGAUGGAGGGGCAUCCACGCGGUCGGGCCAAGGAAUCGCUGGCUCGCAUCCUCGACUUCGAUCCCAAGCAGGAGGGUCGCUACUACAACCGCAUCUACUUCGUCGACCACGCAACAUUCGACCUCGACGAGGAGUCUCCCAUCGGUCCAAUGAGAUACACUGAUAGAGUCAGCAAGCCGGGCGGACGUCAGUACGAACCGUGUGAUGCGGGGCUAAACAUCUUCUCCGUGAAGAUAGGCUCCUCGGAUGUUGGCUUCCCAAUCCAUGUGUAUGGCACUGUCAUUGCCAGAGACAGCAUUGACAACAAGUGUCUUUAUCUCUUCCGUCGUGAUAGAGACCAUUGCCAACUCAUCAACUCUGAGGAUGAAUCGUUGAUCUUGACUGGCCCAAAAAGAGGACUUUUGUUAUUAAAUGAUGAUUAUGUUGAGAUGGAUCUGAAGAUCAAGGAUCAUGGAGGGCAGGACAGAGAACUUAGUAAAGGAAUCUUAACGAUCAGGGGCGUAGCAAUUCGAUAUUUGGACCAAUGUGAGGUUGAAAGCAAAUCUCUUGCUACCAGGCUCAGUACUGUGGAUGUGAUGUAUGCAGUUGUGAAAUGUGCAGUGGAGGCUACUAUUGCGAUUGAAGUUGUGCAGGGAGGUUUUUAUGGAGAAAUAACUGCCCACACCACCAGCGUCAAGAACAACCUUGUGCUUUACGAUAGUGAAGUGGUUGGUGGCAUGAGUGGCGAUGGUAAUGGUGUUAUCCAACUUAUGCGACCCGUCAUAUGUGUCUAUGUGAAGGAUAUGCUGAUAAUUGUUGCCCAGAAUGGUGAUGGUAAGUCACAGACCGUUGAAUUUACUCCAAGGUUCACCGGUGGAGAGGAAGAUGUUAUUACUGUUGGUGGUGUCACUAAGAUGCGCGUGAAGGUUACCUGGUCGAUAAUGGACCUUUGAGUGUGAACUGUUGGAUUGGCUCGUUGUUAAGCAUUAUUGGCAUGAUCUGUAUGCUCUGGUGCAACUAUAUUCCAGUCAUUGAUGUUGCGGUUACCAUUAAGUUAUGCUGACUCUGUUGGACACUAGAUAAGUAAUAUAUAUAUAGUAUGUAACUCGUGUGUACCGUAUUGGCUUGUUAUGUUGAACUAUCUGUCUUAACGUGUUGGGCUUGUUAUGUGGUAAUCAAUCAUGAACGUAUGCAACAAUUGUGCCAGAUUAUUCUGGUGGAU